AUGCUUUUCCUUAGACCGCCUAUAUUCUCCUUAUAUAAACGCCCUUAUAAGGGUAAUAAUAAUACUAACAAGCGCCGCGCGCCUAAGAACCCCUACGGACCUCGCCGCCUCGCCCCUUACGCCUAUCAGGCCCCGGCGCUGCUCGCGCCGAUACUAAAUAUUAUAAGUGCUUAUACCGGACUUAUAAAUACUCUAAGCUCCUACUCCCGUCGCUACUCCCGCUCCCGCCGCCACGCCGCUUACCGAUAUCGCCCCGCCGCCCGCCACUACCCUAUCCGCUAUUACCGAGUUCUAGAUAAGAAGCUUAAGGAUAUAUCGUAA